AUGCAUGCUCUCUCCCUCGAGACCAAGAAGAGGCUAUGCCAUGAUGGUCUGCCCCUAACUAUUGUGAAGGGCACUGUGGGAUAUGGUCCACUUUGGUCGCUUAUGCGAAGGGCACAGAGGCAUGGCUUGUGCUUUGCCUUCACCUUCUCAUUGGUGGCAACAACAGUGGUGUUGUUUCUGACAGCAUGCGUGGCUUUCUAG